AUGGUCGUUCACAUACGCGCUUUCAAUUUCAGCACCGCAGACAGCGCUCUCGCCAGCUCGAGCCUCGGCACCGUGGCCACGCUGCGGGACUCCCCGGCGUCCCACAGCCCCGGCGGGCUGAGCCGGACCGGCCACACGGUGGUGGCAGUAUGCCUCGGCUUCAUUUUAGUGGCGGGGAUCCUCAACAACUUCCUCGCUCUCCUGAUCUUCGCAAAGUGUCGCUCCCUCUGGACGCCCAUCAAUGUCGUCCUGUUGAACAUCAGUGUGAGCGACAUCCUCGUGUGCGUGUUCGGCACCCCGUUCAGCUUCGCUGCGAGUCUGCACGGGAGGUGGCUCAUUGGAGAGCGCGGCUGCAAGUGGUACGGGUUCGCCAAUUCCCUCUUUGGUGAUAAAGUCCUAGUCAGCAUUAUCUUAAAUCACUUUCCCCGUUUUCUCCUCGUCCUUUCCUCGCAGGUCGACAUCUCAGACUUCAGGAAGACCUGGCUCUGUGUGGCCGGCUCCUGGCUCUACUCUCUGCUCUGGACCAUGCCGCCCUUCCUGGGUUGGAGCAGCUACGGACCGGAGGGCCCCGGUACCUCGUGCUCCAUCCAGUGCCACCUCAGUUCCGCCACAAGCGUCUCGUAUGACUCAUGUUUAUAUUUUUUUAUUCUUUUAGGCACUCUUCUUCUGCAGCUCCACAGCUACAGCGCCUUAGUACAUCAAGUGAAACCAGUGGGUAAGAUCAAUCUGUUGGUCGCUCAGCGCAGAGAGCAGCGCAUUUUGGCCAUGGUGUUGUCCAUGGUGUCAUGCUACAUGCUGUGCUGGAUGCCCUACGGCAUCAUGGCGCUGAUGGUCACCUUCGGUAGGUCUGGACUGGUCACUCCCACGCCGAGUGUGGUUCCCUCUGUCCUGGCCAAGUUCAGCACUGUCGUCAACCCCGUCAUCUACAUGUUCUUCAACAACCAGUUUUACAGAUGCUUUGUGGCCUUCAUAAAGUGCAGCUCUGAACCCCGGUCUGUUCAAGGAGAGGAGCAGCCAACUCCAAGGACACAGUUCUCUGGCUUCUUCCUCGUCCGCAGACAGGCCUCCCUCAGCUCUUCGCAGCGUCAGAUCCUCGGCGGCUCCAGAAGCGCUGCCCUCUGCACCCGGCACAAUGACCGGCACACUCUCGUUAUCCACUACUCUCCUUAA